GUUCUCCGCCGAGCAGCUGCCUCCCCGUCAGCGCUGCUCCGCGGGGCGCCGGGCGGGCCGUGUCCCCUCGCGGCGGCUCCGGGAGCGCUGAAGUCCCGGGAUACGGAUGGGCUGCGCCGGGAGAUGAGAGCGGGACGGGCGCUGCGGCGGGAGCGGCUGCCCGGGCUGUGGUACCGGAGCGGAGGUGUGUGAUCCCGGGUGCCUCCGAGGGCUCGCUGGACUACAGGAGGAGCUUCCCGCAGCCUGGGAAAUGGAAUUUGCCCGUUGUCGAGCUGUAGAAUAGCUGCACAAGGCCGGCACUGGCACAGGACUGGAGCGCCCAGGGUGCUGGCAUCACGUAGGCAGCUGCCACCGAAAUGACACACUUGAUUGAAGGCCAAAAGAACCCAAUACGUAACUGCUGUGAUUAAGCUCCAUAUGAUGCCUCAGAGCAAGUAAAAACCCCUCCUUCAUCUCAUCUUGCUUGUAACGAGACAGCCGUUGCAGCGAUCUCAUUUGGGUCAUGUUGUGGCUUUUGGGGGAUUUUGGGGGGGCUGUUUUGGCUCGUUUUUUUUUUGCUUCUGGCUGUACACACCCAUGACCUGCAGCAAUCCGCACCCCCGCGAUGCCCCCUGAGAGCCUUGGGCUGUAGGUGUGCUGCUAGCUGGGAAUACAAAUCCGAGCAGGGAGAAGAUGCCAUUCCACCAUGUGACAGCUGGCUUGUUGUACAAGGGCAACUACCUGAACCGCUCUCUCUCGGCCGGCAGCGACAGCGAGCAGCUGGCCAACAUCUCGGUGGAGGAGCUGGAUGAGAUCCGUGAGGCGUUCCGAGUGCUGGACCGGGACGGGAAUGGCUUCAUCUCCAAGCAGGAGCUGGGCAUGGCCAUGCGCUCGCUGGGCUACAUGCCCAGUGAGGUGGAGCUGGCCAUCAUCAUGCAGCGCCUGGACAUGGAUGGGGAUGGCCAGGUGGAUUUUGAUGAAUUUAUGACCAUUCUGGGACCCAAGCUGGUGUCAUCAGAGGGCAGGGACGGCUUCCUGGGGAACACAAUAGACAGCAUAUUCUGGCAGUUUGACAUGCAGAGGAUAACGCUGGAGGAGCUGAAGCACAUCCUGUACCACGCCUUCCGUGACCACCUCACCAUGAAGGACAUCGAGAACAUCAUCAUCAACGAGGAGGAGAGCCUGAACGAGAACUCUGGCAACUGCCAAACCGAGUUUGAAGUGCACGCCCAGAAGCAGAACCGCCAGACGUGCGUGCGCAAGAGCCUCAUCUGCGCCUUCGCCAUGGCCUUCAUCAUCAGCGUGAUGCUGAUCGCGGCCAACCAGAUCCUGCGCAGCGGCAUGGAGUAGUGCCGGCACGGAGCAGCGCCGGCACGGAGCAGCGCCGGCACGGCUCACGCUCCUGGCGCCGCCGGGCGCACCGGGGAGCUCCCGCCCCACCCACGGCACCGACACGCGGCCACGGCCGGCGCCUGAGCCGGCAGCGUGUCCUGCGAACCGACCACAUCCUUUUGGCAGGGACAUCAAAGGGCUGUUCUAAUGCUUUAAAGGUUUUGUUUCCUAAUGCAAUAAUCCCAUACCCAGGAGUCCCGAGUUAUUGCUUCGAAGCAGCAAUGGCGGCGUGGAGGAGGCUCGGAUCCGGGCGGUUCGGAGGAGCUCAGCCUCCUGACUUGUCCUUACCCAGGGCCCACUGACUAUCCCACGGAGCUCCUGCCGGGCCCACGUUCCCAGGAAGUUGAUCGUAGCAUUGCCACAAGCAAGUCCUGUUCCUUCUGUUCCACGUGUUCCAGCUUCACUUUCCUUUUCCCUUAUGACCAUGCCAUGGAGUUUACGGCAUUAGAGGGGAGCUCGAGCAUCCUUGUACAGUAUUUCCUGAGGGGAAAAGGGGAGAAUUUGCCAGCACCAUACAAAAUGUCUAUUUUUUGCCUCAUCAACUCCACUUGUGACACGAGGCUGUGGGGUAGCAGGAGUCUGUUGGCCAUUUUUUUCCGACUGUGAAUCAGGGCUUGAGGAGCACCCCUUGUUUUCCCACCUGGGCAUUGCUGAACUUGUGCAAAGUCUUCCAAGGGACUCUGCCACCACCAGCGCCAGCUAAACCUCCCUCUCCUCGAGCCUCUCUGCAUAUUCAGCAUUUCCUCUCCAGCAGUUUUACCCUUCUUCUUUAUUGAUCUUCAAGAUUUUUUUCCCAGGUGAAAAUCCUGAGGGAAGCUCUUCCCGAGCUUUCCUCCCCUCUCCUUGCCUGCACAAUUUUAAUUUAUUCCAUUUCACGUGGCCUGGUUAUGAUCUGCAGUGAAACCUGCAUGGCAGACAUCAUCCUGUGGGGGAGGUUUUAUUUUCACCCGAAUGGUAAAGUGUGGAUUUGACCAGCCAGCUUCUCCAUUCCCUCCCAGGAUCCAUCCCAUGGGCAGGCUCCUAAGGGGGCUGUCAGAAAAGCUGAGCACAGCAAGAGAAGAAGGAACCAAAGCUGAGGCCACCCCCUGUGUUUGAAGUGUGUCAGACUUCCAGAUCCAGGGAGCAUUGGGUGGCUUUCCUGGAACACAUUUUAAGGAGCAGCAAGGAGAAGAUGGAAUGGUGCAGAGCAGGGACACCGCACAGGAAGUGCAAGGAGCCAGGAUUACUUGGGAAGGGUUUUUUCCUUUGAAACUUGACACAAAUCCAUGCAUUUCCCUUUGGAUGAACGGUGCCCUGGGUGCAGAGGUGAUCCCCUGCCCUGCUGGGAGGGCUGUCCCAGCUGGUGAUCAUGGAGUGUCCAUGGAGGCACUGGGGUGUUGGGGUGGCUCAGGCACACCCAGGAGCCCUGAGGUGACUGUUCCUGUGCCACAGGAUGGCUCCCAGGGCUGGCACAGCCCCACCUCCCUCAUCCCACACUGCAGCCACUGACUUACACUGGAUCUGUCCCCAGCACUCUUGCUUUUCUACUAGUCCAGGUGACAACAUUUGCCUGUAUUUUUAGCAGCCUAAUUUAAAAACCUGCUGCUCCUUGUUCUGUCUCCCAUCACCCCUUUAAACUCAAGUCACUUUUAGGUGUCUCAGUCUCCCACCUCCACCUUUUCCUGCCAUUUUCCUGGUGUCCCCUCCAUCCCAAAAACUACACCUUUUCCAUAGCAGCCAAGUUGGUUUUUUCUGCCUUUCCCAAAUACACAACUCCUGCAUUUCUGUUCUGCUGUGACCAAUAGAGGUGAACUGCAGAAUAUUCCAUUAAAAAUGAUUCUGUCUCCCAGAAGAUGGAGAGAUUUCCAUUGGCUGCAGGGCAGCAGCAGAAUAUCUGUGGGAUAUUCUGGUGUGGGAUUCUCAGUGCUGGGGAGCCCAGACAUGUUUUCUGUGCUGGGCAUUGCACAUAACAAGCUUGGAGAUCAUUUUAAGGAAACUCAUCCCCACUUUUAGGUCUCAGGGGUCUGUGGAAAGAUGGCAGCUGUGGGAAAAAGAAAAAGUCUAAAUGUUCCUUGCCACUAAGGAAUACUCAUUUUGUGCCUGGGAUUGUACUGGAGUGAGUGUGGGCAGAUGGAGGUGGAGGGGAGGGAUGGGGGAGCACGGGGCAGAGUGGUGCCUCCACUGAGCCCAAACCCACAGCCCCAAACCCACAGCCCCAAACCCACAGCCCCAAACCCACAACUCCAAACCCACAGCCCCAAACCCACAGCCCCAAACCCACAACUCCAAACCCACAGCCCCAAACCAGGCAUUUCCCCUCUUUUCUUCACCCAUGUGCCACAAACCCCCAGCAGACUCCAGGCCCUUCUGGACACCUCAUGGACAAGGAUUGUCUGUGUUCCUUGAAGCUUUCUGGAAGGCUCCAGAAUUCCCUCCUGCAUGCUCCAUAAACCCUUGUAAAUAGAGCCAUUCUCCAGCCCAACCCUUCCCCUCACAGCUCCAUUUGUAAAACCAAACCUAUAAUGAAUAUAUUGGUAAAAGCCAUAGCCUGGUGUCAGUAGAGUUCAUUGCACAACUCCCCACUGAUUUUACUGGGUACAGGAUUUUGGGGGUUUUGGGGUGUGAUUUUUCUGUAGGGAACCUCACUUUUCCAUUAUGAGUCAGGGUCAUGUCUUUCCCUUCCUCCAUCUCCAGGCAUUGUGAAGAGAUCCUUUCUUUCACCAGUGACUCCUGGCAAUGCAGGAUGGAUCAGGCCAAGCUAUUCCAUCCUUUCUUUCCCCACAACCUUCCCAUCCAGCAGUGCUGGAUGUCUCCUACCUCCCUCCCUGGCUCCAUUUAUGUAACAUCCAUUUAUCUCCUUUUUUUUUUUUUUUUCCUUCUACACAAGAGGGGAAAAAUAGGGCUUUUUGCUGCUUUUACAGACAGGAGGUAAAAAUAGAGCAGUAAAAUUCUGAUUGGAACCUGAUGGCAAAAGCUGAGGGGGGAGAAAGCAGAAGAAUCAAAGACAUAAAAAUAAAAACCCCACAUCCCAUACUUUAAGGAAAAAAAAAAAAAACCCUAUUUAAGUGCUAAUUAACAUACUUUAAAAAAAUACCCAGACUGCAGCAGAGCUGUCAGAAAAAGCUCCAAACUUCUGCUCUUGCCAGUUCCAGGAGGAUUGAAGUGUCUUUUCAGCCCUGUUUCUGGAGGAACAGGAGAUUGCCAUGGCAACCCUGGCUGUUCGUGACAUGGGUGCCACCAUGGCAGAGCACACGCCAUCCCAGCCUUCCAGGGAGGGCACACAGCUCCCAGCAGCAGGACAGGGGCUUCUCAUGGAUCAGGAAAUAUCAGGAAUUCGUGAGCAGCUCUUGGCCACAACAAACUGCAAUUAAGGGGAUGGAGGUGCAGGGAGAGCGAGGAGAUGAUUUCAGCCUGAGAGAGGCUCUGGUUUCAUUCAGGAGAGAGUGAAAUCCACUCAGCCUGUCCUGGGCUUGCUCAGGACACUGUGGGGAAGUUCUCCAUGUGGGGAUGGAGCUCUGGGGGAAGGAUUUGGGUUCCUGCUCCUGCGAGGCUGCAGCCCCUAUCACCUUGGUUUCAAGCGCUGGCUUUAUCCUGAUUCCCUGCUCCUGGAGAACCAGCAGAAGGAGCAGCAGCCCCACCAAUGCUGAAAUAACUUGGAGGCUGUGGGGAAGUGAAUUCCAGCAAAAACUGCUGAAGGAACACUGCUCACCUGUCAGAGCCAAAGCCACUCCUGCAGGGCAGUGUCCAGGCAGGACAGGGGGUGGCUUUGUCAGGAGCUGGGCUUGAGGUCCUUGUGGGUCCCUUCCAAGCCAGGAUAUUCCAUGGUGGUGGUGCUGGUGGCCCUGGAGAGCCAGAUCCUUCUCACAGGCAGUGACACGUGGGAGGUGUGUCACCUCCAGUGCCACCCACAGGAGCCUGGUCCCUCCAGGAGUGCACCACUGAGGAGCAGUUUCUGAUGCCAACAUAACUGAAAGAUUUAAAUCAGGAGCUUGGCUUUGUCAGGACUGUGGUCCUCAAGCUGUGGGAGGUGAUAGGGAAUUAAAGAGAGUUCACAAAAUAAUUUUCCUUCCUGCUUGAUGGGCACCCAUCUAUCCCCCAGCAGCUGGGACAGUGAUGACAGACCCCAGGCCCUGGGUGAGCACAGGGUGGGAGGGAGGAGGACCCCCAGCUCCUGUCCCUGCUCUCUGGUGAGCCAGAGCUGAAUAUCUGGGUGCAAUCCAGUUCAUGGGAGAGAUUCCAUCCCAGUUAUCCAGAGGUUUCACCUGUUGGACACGUGCACUGGAAGGGCUGGAUGCUGGUUGCUUUAAUUCCAGCAGCUUCUUUUUAAGCUGGGCCAAGUAGAGAGGGGUUUAAAAUCCAGAGCCAGGGUAGGAAGCAAGCAAAGCAAGCCAAGGUAGAAAACAUCCCCAAGGCUGCCACUCUGGAUGAGCUGAGUACCCACAGAUCCUUUCUUCCAUUGGAGCAUGGGAAUAUUUUGUCCCCAAACCCCACUCUGCAUCUUCCUGUUACAGAAGAGUGAAACAUCUCCUGAGCCACCCCUGGCACUGGGAGGGGCUCCAUCCUUGGUCAGGGCCCCAGGACAAGGGGGACUCUCAGUUUCCCAUGGAAAACUCGUGCCCUGCACGUGCCAGAGCUGCCAGGGCUGUCACCAGCCCGGGGUGACAGGAGCACAGCCCCCCCAGCCCUGCAGCAGCGAGGGGAGAAGCAGUGGGAGGAAUUGCAUUACAAUCCCUAAGAAUGAAGUCCCCUUUUUUUACCCACCCCUGUAAUCCAUGAUUUAGUUCCUGCUUUAUGGAUGAGCGUUUGAAAGAAGAAAAACCAGCUCUUCUAAAAUGAGAAUCUGAUGAAGUGUCUUUUUUUCUUGGCUCUGAAUCACGCUUCCAUUCUACUGAUGAAGAUGUACAGAACUUGCUGGGUUUCAAUCUAUUAUUUUACCCUCCUGUGCUCUGACAGUGCAAUUACAUUUCCCUGGCAUCACUUAGAACCUGUUCCUUUCUCAAGAAUAUAAUGCAGAAAAAUAAAAGUUUCACAGCAUUUCCAUCUCUUUAUGUUGUUGGCUGUUAUCAGGACAGGGCCUGUAUUUCUCCAGCUCAAGAAGGACAUUUUAGGCAGCUCUAGGAAGUGCAGAUGCUCCACCAAGAGCAAGGUGGGCUGAAAAUCUAACACCAUUUUAAUUGGAAGUGUGCUCCACUUCCAGUGGCAAAAGUCUGGAAAACUGCUGUAAUUUGGCAUCUUCACUAUGAAAUAAUUGCAGCCCCAGGAGAGGGAGAAAGGAGAAAACAGAAAUCCUCUGGACCUAGAGCUCAGUACUUGACAGUUUGGUGGUGGAAGUACCACAGGGGUUUUUUUUUUUAUUUUCUGUUAAGACAGACCAAAAUACUUUGUAGCUUUGAAAACCAUUGCUAAAUGAAAUUGUCAUUUCCCACCCAAUUAUUUCCCCAGCUGUUCCUGGCCUGUCUUUCCCCAGCCAGCAGCUGGAUUUGCCCUGCUUUAGGUGAGAUCCAUGUUCCAGCUUUCCUUUCCCAGCUGGUCCUGAGUCUCCAUCAGCCAACCUUGGGAAGCUCUGAGGUGGCUCCUGACUGGUGCCAGCAGCACUUGGGCACGUCCUGUCCCUCCUGGGGACAAUUCCAGGUGGUGAUGGUGACAUCAAUCCCCAAAUUCCUGCCUCUGUUCCAUCCAACCAACAGGAUGGAGUCACAUUCCUGAGCAUCCCUUCCAGAGCAGCCAAAGCUCUCCCAGCUCUUGUUCCCUCAGAUUUCUCUGGGCUGGGGGAGGCAGGCAGAGCAGGUCAAUCAGAAAUAACUCAUUAGAGUUAAUUGGCUUCAAGUGGAAUAAACCCAGGGCCCAGCCUGCUGCCAUUUAAUCCAUAGCAGGGUCUAAGGAAUCAAUGCCACCUUACUCAUCUCCAGGAAGUUCUCCACUAAUCCCUCUCUCCCUUUUGUCACCAUCUCAUGUUUUCCAGCCAUUUACUGUUCAUUUGUAAACUCACACGGUUUUUUGGCUCGUUAAUGAAAGACAUGGCUUUUUAAUUAAAGAUGAAAAUUCACAAAGUCAGCAGCAUAAGAGUAAAAAAAAAAAAAAAAACAACAAAAAAACCUUUGUACAAAAUACUGUAAAUAUUAAUAUAAAUUAACUGGGCAUGCAACUGAAAUAAAUCCUAUGUUAUUGCAAGUUAUCUGAGUGUAUAAAGGAGUGUAUAAAGGAAAACUGAAUGCCAUAUGUAUCAGCUGUUCCCUCUAACCAAACUCUACUGUAAAUAUAUAAUCUGUAUAAAAAUAUUUUAAUUUUACCAUUAUUUA